CAGAUAGGACAACACCUAGUAAAAACCGAGUCUGCUACCGGAGAGAGGAGUGGGGCUUGGCAAAACCGCUCAACCCACAGAAUGGGCGAUUUAUAACAUUUUAACACUCGAGUGUCACUGUUUUCACAACAAACAAAUUCUACAACGAUUAUUUUACUGGAUUCGGUAGCUAUGUCGGCAACAUUGUCGCGCGGCUCGCUCCAACCGGGCCAGCAGAAGCUGGCCGAGAAAUUUACCAUUCUGAACGACCGGGGCAUCGGGAUGCUCACUCGUGUCUAUAAUAUCAAGAAGCAAGGACAAGUUUGGAAGGCAUGUGGUGACCCCAAAGCCAAACCAUCCUAUCUAAUAGACAAGAACCUGGAGUCUGCUGUCAAGUUCAUUGUCAGAAAAUUCCCAGCGGUUGAAACACGCAACAACAAUCAACAGCUUGCACAACUACAGAAAGAGAAGUCUGAAAUCCUUAAGAAUCUAGCGUUGUAUUACUUCACAUUCGUAGAUGUGAUGGAGUUUAAGGACCAUGUCUGUGAGCUGCUGAACACUAUCGAUGCUUGCCAAGUAUUCUUUGAUAUUACUGUAAACUUUGACCUGACCAAAAACUACCUUGACUUAGUAGUGACCUACACUAACCUAAUGAUGCUACUGUCUCGGAUUGAAGAGAGGAAAGCUAUCAUUGGCCUCUACAACUAUGCCCAUGAAAUGACACAUGGAUCAAGUGAUCGAGAGUACCCUAGGCUGGGACAGAUGAUCGUUGACUACGAGAACCCCCUGAAAAAGAUGAUGGAGGAGUUUGUUCCACAUGGGAAGUCGUUGUCAGACGCCCUGCUCUCCCUCCAGAUGGUGUACCCCAGGAGAAACCUGUCUGCUGACCAGUGGAGGAACGCUCAGCUACUCAGUCUCAUCAGUGCUCCUAGCACCAUGCUCAACCCAGCCCAGUCAGACACAAUGCCCUGUGAAUACUUGUCCCUGGACGCCAUGGAGAAGUGGAUAGUAUUUGGCUUCAUCCUGUGUCAUGGGGUCCUGAACAGCGACCAGGCAGCUCUGAGCCUGUGGAAGCUGGCUCUUCAGAGCAGCACCUGCCUCUGUCUCUUCAGAGACGAGGUGUUCCACAUCCACAAGGCUGCUGAGGACCUGUUCAUCAACAUCCGCGGCUACAAUAAACGUGUGAAUGACAUCAAAGAGUGCAAAGAACAAGCUCUGUCACAUGCAGGCUUGAUGCACAGAGAAAGACGCAAGUUCUUGAGAUCUGCCCUGAAGGAGCUGGCCACAGUCCUAUCUGACCAGCCAGGAUUACUGGGCCCCAAGGCCCUGUUUGUAUUCAUGGCUCUGUCGUUCGCUCGGGAUGAGAUCAUUUGGCUGCUACGACAUGCAGACAACAUCCAGAAGAAGAGCACAGAUGACUUUAUUGACAAGCACAUUGCAGAGCUGAUCUUCUACAUGGAGGAGCUGAGGGCUCAUGUGAGGAAGUAUGGUCCUGUCAUGCAGAGGUACUAUGUCCAGUACCUGUCUGGCUUCGAUGCCGUGGUGCUCAACGAGCUAGUACAGAAUCUGUCCGUCUGUCCUGAGGAUGAGUCCAUUAUCAUGUCCUCCUUCGUUAACACCAUGACCUCCCUCGGCGUCAAACAAGGUGUUACAGUGGAAGACGGGGACGUGUUUGAUUUCAGGGGCAUGAGGCUGGACUGGUUCAGAUUGCAGGCCUAUACUAGCGUGUCAAAGGCUUCUCUGGGCAUCGCAGACCACCGUGAGCUAGGCAAGAUGAUGAAUACCAUUAUAUUUCACACCAAGAUGGUGGAUUCCCUGGUGGAGAUGCUGGUGGAGACGUCUGACCUCUCCAUAUUCUGCUUUUACAGUCGUGCGUUUGAGAAGAUGUUCCAGCAGUGUUUGGAGCUGCCAUCCCAGUCUCGUCACUCCAUCUCCUUCCCUCUGCUCUGUACCCACUUCAUGAGCUGCACCCAUGAGCUCUGUCCUGAGGAGAGGCAUCACAUAGGCGACCGUAGCUUGUCCCUGUGCAACAUGUUUCUGGAUGAGAUGGCUAAACAGGCCCGCAACCUCAUCACAGACAUCUGCACCGAGCAAUGCACGCUCAGCGACCAGCUGCUGCCAAAACAUUGUGCCAAAACCAUCAGUCAGGCGGUGAACAAGAAGUCAAAGAAGCAGACGGGGAAGAAAGGAGAACCUGAGAGAGAGAAGCCUGGAGUAGAGAGCAUGAGGAAGAACAGGCUGCUGGUCACCAACCUGGAUAAGCUUCACACAGCGCUAUCCGAGCUGUGUUUCUCCAUCAAUUAUGUACCCAACAUGGUGAUAUGGGAACACACCUUCACUCCCAGGGAGUACCUCACCUCACACCUGGAGAUCCGCUUUACCAAGUCUAUCGUGGGGAUGACCAUGUAUAACCAGGCGACCCAGGAGAUAGCCAAACCAUCUGAGCUGCUGACCAGUGUCAGGGCUUACAUGACUGUACUCCAGAGCAUAGAGAACUAUGUUCAGAUAGAUAUCACCAGGGUGUUCAACAACGUGCUGCUGCAGCAGACACAACAUCUGGACAGUCAUGGAGAACCAACCAUCACUAGCCUCUACACCAACUGGUAUCUGGAGACCUUACUGCGCCAAGUAAGUAACGGACACAUUGCUUACUUCCCAGCCAUGAAGGCUUUUGUCAACCUGCCUACGGAGAACGAGCUCACCUUCAAUGCAGAGGAAUAUUCUGAUAUCUCAGAAAUGCGGUCCCUGUCAGAGCUGCUGGGGCCCUAUGGGAUGAAGUUCCUCAGUGAGAGUCUCAUGUGGCAUAUCUCCUCCCAGGUGGCUGAGCUCAAGAAACUGGUGGUGGACAACGUUGAGGUUUUGACCCAGAUGAGGACCAGCUUUGACAAGCCUGGAGAAAUGGCUGCUCUGUUCAAGAAGCUCUCAUCAGUCGACAGUGUUCUGAAACGAAUGACCAUCAUCGGCGUCAUCCUGUCAUUCCGAUCACUGGCUCAGGAGGCACUCCGAGAUGUGUUGUCGUGCCACAUCCCAUUCCUGGUGAGCUCAGUGGAGGAUUUCAAGGAUCACAUUCCCAGAGAGACCGACAUGAAGGUGGCCAUGAAUGUGUAUGAGUUGUCCUCUGCAGCAGGCCUGCCCUGUGAGAUAGACCCUGCCUUAGUGGUGGCCCUCUCCUCCCAGAAGUCAGAGAACAUCAGUCCUGAGGAGGAGUACAAGAUAGCGUGCCUGCUGAUGGUCUUUGUGGCGGUCUCUAUGCCCACCUUGGCAAGCAACGUCAUGUCCCAGUAUAGCCCUGCUAUUGAAGGUCACUGCAACAACAUCCACUGUCUGGCUAAAGCUAUAAACCAGAUCGCUGCAGCUUUAUUCACCAUCCACAAGGGCAGCAUCGAGGACCGCCUCAAAGAGUUCCUCGCACUUGCCUCCUCCAGUUUGCUGAAGAUCGGCCAGGAGACUGACAAAACCACAACGAGGAACAGAGAAUCUGUCUACUUGCUCCUGGAUAUGAUUGUGCAGGAGUCCCCAUUCCUGACCAUGGACCUUCUGGAGUCUUGCUUCCCCUAUGUGCUGCUCCGUAACGCAUACCACGCCGUCUACAAGCAGAGUGUGCCUUCCUCCACCUGAGAGCCCUGAGAGGAGGUGAAAAGAGGAUGAAGAGGAGAGGCUAGAGAGGAGGAGGUGGAGAGGCUAGAGAGGAGGAGGUGGAGAGGCUAGAGAGGAGGAGGUGGAGAGGCUAGAGAGGAGGAGGUGGAGAGGCUAGAGAGGAGGAGGUGGAGAGGCUAGAGAGGAGGAGGUGGAGAGGCUAGAGGAGGAGGAGGUGGAGAGGCUAGAGAGGAGGAGGUGGAGAGGCUAGAGAGGAGGAGGUGGAGAGGCUAGAGAGGAGGAGGUGGAGAGGCUAGAGAGGAGGAGGUGGAGAGGCUAGAGAGGAGGAGGUGGAGGGCUAGAGAGGAGGAGGUGGAGAGGCUAGAGAGGAGGAGGUGGAGAGGCUAGAGAGGAGGAGGUGGAGAGGCUAGAGAGGAGGAGGUGGAGAGGCUGGAGAGGAGGGGGAAGAGGAGAGGCUGGAGAGGAGGGGGAAGAGGAGAGGCUGGAGAGGAGGAGGAAGAGGAGGAGGAGAGGCUAGAGAGGAGGAAGAGGAGAGGCUAGAGAGGAGGAGAGGCUAGAGAGGAGGAGGAGGAGAGGCUAGAGAGGAGGAGGAGGAGAGGCUAGCGAGAGAGGAGGAGGAGAGGCUAGCGAGAGAGGAGAGGCUAGCGAGAGAGGAGAGGCUAGCGAGAGAGAGAGAGGCAGGCGGGGAGGCUCCCUGCCUAGCGAGAGAAAAAGAUUUUGUCUGGAGCCUUAGCAUGCAGAGAGUGAAGGAGACAACAUCAGGGGCCUUAUGUAUCAAGCUUCUCAGAGUAGGAGUGAUCAUUUGAGAUCAGUUUUGCCUUUUAGAUCACAAUUAAUGAGAUGUAAUAUUUUAUUUGGAUCCCACUGCUAAUCUCUUCCUGGAGUCCAAACAGGAAACAAAAUGACAAAUAGAAUACAUAAAAUACAUAAUAUACAUAACACUACAGAAUACACUACAUAAUACAAUGCUUAAUACAAUACUUAAUUCAAUGCAGAAUACACUACAUAAUACAAUACUUAAUACAGUCCAGAAAACACUACAUAAUGCAAUACUUAAUACAGUCCAGAAUACACUACAUAAUACAAUACUUAAUACAGUCCAGAAAACACUACAUAAUGCAAUACUUAAUACAAUGAGGAAUAUAAUACAAAAUGUAUAAAAAUGUCUCUCUUCACAGUCCCCGUCGUGCCGUAAGGUGUUCUUUUAUCCAUUUUUAAAAAUCUGGUUGUAUUGCUAGUUUGAGUUACCCGGGGUGGUAGAGAGUUCCAUUUAGUCAUGGCUCUAUGUAAUACUGUGUGUUUCCCAACCUCUGUUCUGGACCUGGGGGACUGUGAAGAUACCUCUGGCUGCAUGUCUUGUGUUGUACCAAUGAGUGUCGGAACUAUGUGCCAACUGCUUGAACAAACAGUUCGAUACCUUUAACCAAUCAACACCUGGCAAAAAAAAGACUUUGAGCCAAGAGAGAUUGACAUGCAUACCACUGACAUCCACCCUAUAUACAUUUUCUGUGCAAUAUGUGCUGCUCUGUUCUGGAUCAACUGCAAUUUUCCUUUGUCCUUAUUUGCCGCACAAGUUUACACAACUGGGCAGUAGUCCAAGUCCGACAAAACUAGGGCCUGUAGGACCUGUCUGGUGGAUUUCGAUGUCAAGGAAGCAGAGCAACUUCUUAUCAUGAACAGAACUCUUCCCAUUUUAGCAACCAUUUAGUCUAUAUGUUUUGACCAUGACAGUUUGCUAGCUAGGGUUACACCCAGAAGUUACAUAGACAGGGGACCUGAUCCUAGAUCAGAACUCCUACUCUGAGACGCUUGAUACAUGCAGGCAGCCCCAGAGCCCUAUACUGAGAAUAGAAAUAUAUGGCUCUGUACAACUUGAGUCUGAUAUGAUGACGUGACCAUUGUGGGUGUGCUGUGUUUCAUCUUCAGUCUUAAAGAAAACAAAAAAUAAUGUUAUUGGUUUUGUGGGAUCAGGGUUUUUUCUUUUCACCCAGUUUUAUGAAUUAAUAAUUUGUUUACUUAAAUGAAUCUGAUGUAAGCUUUUUUGACAAUGAUCAGUGGUACACUACUACAUAAUUACAUUUUUGAAUACUGUCAGUCUUUCGUUUCUAAAUAUUGAAUGGGUUAAAAAAUGUAACACUAAAAUUGCUAUUAAGGGAAGCAUUGCAAUGUGCAAAACUAAUUGCAGAUUUUUGGGGAAAUGAUGAUCCACAGUUAUUCACCAUCAUCAUCUGUUGAUUAUUACAGUAUGUGUAUCUGUGAAUUUGUGUUAAUUACAUUCUUGUGUUCUUUUGAGAUAUUUGCCAAACUGUUGAGAAACCAUAGCAUUUUAUAUUAUUUGGAGCUAAGCUAAAAUGUUGGUAUUAAACUUAAAUAUUAUGAAAAGUGGUAACAGAUCGUUGAUAUUUGUAUAAAGCAUAGAAUAAUUUUUUAACUAAAUGCCUCAUUGGCAUAACCACUCCAUUGUACCUGUCUGUAUGGUAUAUAAUAAACAUUCUUUCAUAUUUAUUGAAUGUUAAUAAAUAGCUCUCCUUUUACCACUUUUAUAUGUUUUCGAUGUUUCGAUGAACUGUGUGUCCUCCAUAACGUGACAAAUAAAUCUUAGGCUAUAUCCACUUUA